GCGAGCAGCCGCGUGGCCAGGCAACCCAGCCAGGGAGCGGCGCGCGCGCGUCCCGCGAGCCCCUAGCGCGCCCCCGGCGGCCGGGGCCGCAGCGUGCUCGCCCCCGCCACCAGCUCGCUUUACUUAUGGGUCGGAAGCGCUGCGUGGGGGAGACUGUUCCAAGAUGGCGGCGGGUUGCUGUGGGGUGAAGAAACAGAAACUGUCCAGUUCGCCCCCCUCUGGUUCGGGUGGCGGUGGUGGCGCCUCCUCCUCCUCCCACUGCAGCGGAGAGAGCCAGUGUCGAGCUGGGGAGCUGGGACUAGGAGGCGCCGGUACUAGGCUCAACGGGCUGGGAGGUCUGACCGGAGGAGGCAGCAGCGGUGGCUGUACCCUCUCUGGCCCCCAGGGCUGCGGUGGCGGCGGCGGCGGCGGGGGCAUCUCGCUCGCGCCACCUUUGAGCUGUGGAGUGGGGACCCUACUUUCUACCCCAGCCGCCGCCACCGCUCCCUCGCCGUCCUCUUCGUCCGCCGCCUCGUCCUCAUCACCGGGCUCCCGGAAGAUGGUGGUGUCAGCGGAGAUGUGCUGCUUUUGCUUCGAUGUGCUGUACUGUCACCUGUACGGAUACCAGCAGCCCCGUACCCCCCGGUUCACCAACGAGCCCUACCCACUGUUUGUAACAUGGAAGAUUGGUCGAGACAAAAGAUUGCGUGGAUGCAUAGGUACUUUUUCUGCCAUGAAUUUGCAUUCAGGACUCAGGGAGUACACACUUACCAGUGCCCUUAAAGAUAGCCGUUUUCCCCCUAUGACAAGGGAUGAGCUGCCACGGCUUUUCUGCUCAGUGUCUCUGCUCACUAACUUUGAAGAUGUCUGUGAUUACUUGGACUGGGAGGUGGGUGUACAUGGCAUUAGAAUAGAAUUCAUCAAUGAAAAAGGAUCAAAACGCACCGCCACCUACCUACCGGAGGUUGCAAAGGAGCAAGGAUGGGACCAUAUUCAGACCAUAGACUCCUUACUAAGGAAAGGAGGAUACAAAGCUCCAAUUACUAAUGAAUUCAGGAAGACCAUAAAACUGACCAGAUACCGUAGUGAAAAGAUGACCCUAAGUUAUGCUGAAUACCUUGCUCAUCGCCAGCAUCAUCAUUUCCAAAAUGGCAUCGGACAUCCCCUUCCGCCAUACAACCAUUAUUCCUGACACUGAGCCGCACAACCAGUCACUGGGCCUCUCUGCAGACUUCUUCCCAGGAGACUCUACACCUUCUUGGUCUAGCUAUCUCUUUUACUGUACCAUUUUAUGAUGAUAGUUUCCGUUGCCAUGGUGAAGCUUCGAUAUCAUCACUUAAGAUCAUCAUGGUAACGGGUAGGAAAAUGGCAUUUGUUAAGAAGAUUGUUAGAUUAUUUUUAGGUCAUUGGGGGGUUUUUGCAGCAUAUAUAACAUUUUGGGUUUUGUUUCCUUACAAUAUUAGUAUUUUGCUUUGCUGUCUCAGUCAGCUUUAUGUCUUUCCAUCCUUGCCUUUCCAUUUCCUUCUUUCCUUCUUUCCUUCUUUCCUUUUUUCCUUCCUUCCUUCCUUCCUUCCUUCCUUCCUUCCUUCCUUCCUUCCUUCCUUCCUUCCUUCAACUGUGGAUGGAAGAAAGUGUGUGGAUUUUAAAGGGUUUUUUUUAAGGAUUGUCUUUAGUUUUCCUCAAUAAGAUAGUUAUUUUUUGAUAGUUAAGUUUGGGAGUAAUUCAUAUGAAAUUCAGGUAUUUGUAUAUUAACUCAUGCCCAGAAUUCACUUUGCUAUGAGAGCUUAGAAUUUGAGGCUUCAACCCUGAAGAAUAUGUAUUCCCCAUGGUUAAACCAUAACUUUAGUUGUAGUAGAAGGUCCAUGAUAGGGUUUGUCACAGAAAGUGGUACUGGUUAUCACAGAUGAAACUGCCUCAACACUUUAUAGAACCAAUUUACAAAUUAAAACACUGUUUUAAGAAAGUAUAGACUGCCUUACAAAUAGGCCACAGAAAUCAUUUUGAAGAGCAGCAAGUAUUAGACAGCAGAUGCAGAAUUUAGUGCCUUUGAGAAGAGUAUAAUUAAGUUGAAUUAAGAGCAGUUAAAAGAAAGGCAAUUUAGAGGGAAAUAUUCUUCUAAAAUUUUAUUGUUUCAAUGUGUGAAACAACAGAUUAGACAAAUUCCCUAUGCUGAAGUAUUUUUUUAGCUGAAAAAAAAUUAUUUUGAGCAAAUAACCAAAAAGACAUUUGUCUAUUUUAUAUUAAUUUAAAUUUGUUAGCUUUAGGUUUCAAUAAGUCGUAAUUGGCCAGAGUCAAUUUUAGCUACCAUCUAAAGAUAUGGGAAAGAUAAUCUAGUGAAAGAAAAGUUGGUGUAUGCCAUGAUCAUGUAGAUACGUAUGUGUGUAUUUCAGAGAUACUAUGAAAUAGCUUGAAUCUCUUUCUGCACUACAUACUUUUGAUAGAAACAUGUUUACUCUGUUGAUAUUAUGUUAAACCUAUAAAGAUGGAGUUGGCAUUCAGAUAUGCUGUAGUUAGAGCCUAGCUUGUUUGCAGGGCUACUCUUCCCAUGAUGCAAAGGGAACAUGGUGAUAUCAAUAGGAGGUGUAUACAUAUAUCCCCAGAAAAAUCAUGUUUCUGGAUAAAGGUGACCUUCACUUUAUGGUAGGAUAUUUAGAGACUUAGGUAGGUAGAUAGAUAAAUAUAUUUGGGGAAAAUAUAUAAUUUUUCAAACAGGGAAUCAGUAUAUCAAGUGAUUAAAAGUAUGCUGCAGAAUAUAUAUUCUAAAUUACAAGAAAUGUCAACUGAAUAUCAAAUGAUAUAACAAACGCAUAUAGCUGUGACAGAUGAAAGACUGCUAAUUCAGAAUUCAAAAGUCCUUUUUGAGUUUGUGAGAUACUGGCUGAAUUCCUUCUGCUUGCCACUGGGGCAAAGCAUACUAUAGUUUUUGAUGAACGUACUUAGAGAACCUUGUUGAUAUUCCUUCAUCCACAGCAUCCAUUGUUGAAAUAACCAUUUUCAGUUGUGAUGCCUUAACUAAGAAGCCAAUUGUUAGCCUGAAAUGCAAUCUUGGUAGCCAGUUCCAUUGAACCCAGAGAUAAGUCAAAAAAGUUAGCAGGUGAACUUUAGAAAGGGAUUUUAAAUCUUGUCAUUUCUACUUGGGAACAUUUUGGAAUAGAUUAGUUUUUCAGUAUAAAAAUAAGUGGCUACCUUAUGGAGACUUUUUCUUGCCCUUAUAGGGAAACUGAGCACAAAUUGAAUGAUAUUGUCUGCUGCAAAAAAAAAAAAA